UUUCAAACAUCCAUGGCCCGGGAUACUUUCUCCCGCGUGCACGGACGCAACACUUGCCAGAGGCCACACGCAUACCGUCAUGUUCCAGUUCGAAGAUCGCUUUCGCCAGUCCGGCAACCAAGAGCUCAACAGCCUGCAAGACGCGCUGAACGAGUUGAUAAAGGAGAAUCACACAACCGUCCCCAGAGCUCUCCAUCGCCAAAUCAAGUCUAUCCUCACCAGAGGCUCUGCAUUUUGUCUCCUGGAGGGGGCACCUCCUUUCGGCCGGCCAUUGUCCGAGGUGCACGAGCACAACGAUAUGCUUCGCGCCAUUCUACAUUCCUUCGCGAUCCUAGGACACCUCUACAAUGUCUUGGGCUCUACCUCAGGGCAGUCAACGUUACUCGACAAGCCGCCUGUCGCCUUGGAUAAAUUGUUCCGCUGGAUCGACUUCAUGCACCCAAUGCAUGGCUAUGCCGUCGGGACUUACCCAUCCGACAGCGACCGUCACGAGGCCGUACCUGUCUGCGCCAUCCUUGGCGGAAUCAUCUCUAGUAGUGAUAACGGCAAAGAGUACAUCGACCGCUUUGUGCAGCAGCAACCGCGCGCCAUAGCGUUGAUCCUAGACCUCUGGCUGUUCUAUCCCAAGUACCUAAGGGGCCAGGAAAGAAACAUCGGCUCUUCACAAUAUGUCUCGGACGGCAUUCUUGGUCUUCUCCGCCUCCUCUACUCAACCGAAGGUCUGCACGACAUUUUCACUGCCGAACUUACACGUCUCGUCGAUGGUCGGCUGGGCCGCGUGUCCCGUUGCAUCGCCGCGCACACCAACUUCCUGGUGCAAGCCCAAGCGAAGGGCGCGCUGAUUGCGGGCUCUACGUGGGAGACUCACUUCUGUGCCGCGCACGGUAUGCUCGCGUAUCUCACCGCCUCCAUGGACAUACACGUGAGGCGUAGCGCAUUCACGAGCAGCAUUUCCGGCGCGCGUUUAUGUCUCGCGAACAGAGACGACCCGCUUUCUCUAGAGGCAGCGCGCCAUGCAGUCAAGUUGCUGUCCGAGAACAUGACAGGUUUGCGCAGCUUGCGCCAGACCGUUCGCGCCUUGCAGGGAGAUAUCCUUGAUCUGAUGAUCGAGCUCCCUUCCGCGCUUCGAGGAGACGAGUCCAUCGUCAAACUGGCGCGUCAUCUACAGGACAGCCUCUGGUGCCCCUCUGUUCUCCGCGCGUUCCGCAAGAGCUAUGAUGCUCUGGUUCUCCGUGGUGCACUCGAUGAGACCGCCCUCGCCGAUCCCAUGACACGAGACCUCGCGAGCAGGUUCAAGCUGUACUGGAAGACAUACGCUGUCUUUCGACAAGAUCGAGGUUGGAAGCGUGCGGUGCCGUGUUAUGGGCGUGCAGAGGACGAUCAUGGCGAAGAAGUCAAGCCAUGCCCCUGCGGGAAGGUAUUCUACUGCUCAGUAGAAUGCCAGAGGAUUCAUUGGGAAGCUGAGCACCGGGAUGAUUGCUGUUACCGAGACGCAGGGGCGUUUGGACUACACGGUGCCGUCAAGCUUGAAAGCCUCUUUUUCCUCGGUCGAUGCGCGCAGGAAGCUCUAAAACGACAUGCCGAUUGGGUCGGUUCGACAUACGCGGCCCACACACGCAUCAACCCUACGGUAGUGCCGUGCUUGUGGGUCAGUUUCGCCGACAAUCUCGACGAGACCACAGAGCCCUCCGGAUCAGAAGACUCGGCAACCUCUGUGGACGCUUAUGGUUGCGUCCUGAGCACCGCCACGGAGAACAAUCGCCCUAUCGAUACCGUGCUCCCGGAGGGCUGGCGUAUAAUAGCUGUGCAGGUCCGCAUGCGCGUCGGGAUGAAUGUCCUCAGCCAGGCAUUGCCUUUUCUUUUCACGGUAGAGGGAGAAAUCGUCGAAGGAAUGAAUCAACCACUGUGCUAAGCCAAAAUCUUACAUUUAUCAUUAUAUUCAGCCCCAGAUCUCAUGCAAUAGUAGACUGACUGGAAGCCUGGC